UGUUUUACUGUCGUUACACAUGUAGCAAGUCGGCUGUUUCACUCGACCUGUCCAACCAAGCCUCACGGAAUUCAUGCAGUAGUAGUGUGUUGGACUCCAAGAGAUAAAGAGUUGUAUUUUUCCACAAUAGUUUGACUGACUAAGAUUUUGUUUCUACACGAUAUGUUUGAAGUUGACGGGAACGGAAAAAAUAUAUUUUUAUGUUCUUAGUGCACAGAAUAUAGUAUAACUGUUCAUGAAAAAUAUAUUUUCAAUCUGUGAUAAAGCUACAGUCUGAAAACACCGAAAAUAGAGCAUUUUGUAAAGCAUACGCUUUAUUUCUACUUUGGAAUAUAUUAAGGUCGCACACCAACACGUAAACCCGGUUGAGUAAAGUUUGUUUAGUUCUCAAUUCGGACUUAUUCGAAACAAUCAUGGCAAGCAGCCAACGUGCAACACAUUUAAACAUGAUGCUGGUAGGUUGCAACGAAAAUCGUUCGACACCGUUUUGCACUUGUGAAUAUCCAGCCGUGACACGAUCACGUCUUUCAGCACGUAAAGUCGAACGUUGUAAAUGUGGCGAGGAUACAUCUACACGCCUCGACUGGACUUGGGAAGAGGAUGAUGGACGCGUAGAGAGCAGAAUAACCAACGGAACGGAAAUCAUCUUUCAUCCCGUGUAUAGUCAGGGAACGGCUGUAGUCCGUGGGACUGUUCCACUCCAGCCCGGAAGACAUCAUUAUUGGGAGAUUAAAAUGCUCAGCACACUCGCAGGAACGGACAUAAUGCUUGGAAUUGGAACGGAAAAAGUAGAUCUACAAUCACACCUAUUCAAGUUCACCAGCUUUCUUGGUCUGGAUGAUCAAUCGUGGGGGUAUUCCUACCGCGGACUUGCCCAGCACAAUGGUCAGCUGAAGUACUACGGUAAAAAGUUCAGCCAAGGUAGAAUAAUUGGUGUUUACGUCGAUAUGCAUCGAGGAAUAUUGGAAUUUUAUGUGAAUCGUCGAUCGCAAGGACGCGCCUACAUAAAUAUUCCCCAUGAUAGCAAUACUCCAAUAUAUCCGAUGGUUUGUUCUACCUCAGCCAAAUCGACAUUGAAGCUAAUCAACGCAGCUUCUUUCGCUGAUAGUCUGGCGUUUAAUUGUAUGAAGGUGAUCUCUAAAUAUCCCAAACUACUCGAACAAGUUCAUGCUAUUCCAGGGUUUCGGAAGCUAGUCAAUGAUUUAUGGUUUCUUCAAUUUAAGGAACCAAAAAAAGCGGUUGAGUUUCAGCAGAAUAAUUUACUGUUAGAAGAUGAAGCCCUACUAUGUGGAUUGAAGAAAAAGAAAUUCAAUGAAAUAAUAUCCCAACCGUUGGCUAAUGAAACAAACAUAACUGAAGAUCAAAUCUAUGAAAAUAUGGUUACUCAGGAGGAUACUGUAAAGCGUAGUGAUAGCAAUAGCAGUAAUAGUAGCAGUAGUAGUAAUAGCAGCAGCAGUGAAGACGAAGAACUUGCCUGGAUGAUAUCCAGAGAGUUUUUCUGCAAUCACUGACGAUAGAAAAGUGAUAAUAUGUACAAACUUUAUAGAAUAUCGAAUCUAAGUACUUCUUUUCGAUCGUGUAUAUUGUAUAAAAGUGCCAUCUUAGCGCAUUUAACAUUUUUUACAUCAACGAAUGAUGAAAAAAUCGCAUAAACAUCUCAUUUGUGUCAGUUUAUGCUUCUUCGUUUGUAUAUUGUUUAUGUCUUCAAUUGGCUACAAGUAUGUUAUAAACGUAGCACAAACAUUCGAUUACUCUUUUUAUUGAUCUACAUUUAUUUUUUCGCCUAUUUUAACCGUUGGUAAUUCCACAGAACUAAACAUACUCACGGGGGUUAGCAAUCGAAUCAGAAUAAGCUGCGAUCAGUUAACUCUUCGCGCUAUAACCACAGUCCAGUAAUAUAUCUUAAAAGGAUUUGAGUUCACAUAAUAUUUUAAGAGCAAAAGAAAUUGUUGGCGAUCAUUUAGAAACCAAUUUUUAAAAAGGUUUUUGAAAAUUGAUUAAGAAUAUGUUCAACGAAAUUUGUUCGAAUUUUCAAAAAUUACCAUCUCAGAUUAUGUUACGUUUGAAUGAACUUCCAAUACCAUAAGAAAAUUCAAAAUUUUGGAUUUUCAAAGUAACGCCAACACUAAACAACAACACAGCAAUACAUGCUCAGAUUAAACGUAACUGUUAAUUUCUGUUUUCAUAUUUUUAUCUAAGGAAAGUAAGUCACCGUGACUUAACUGUUUCAAGUUAUUCGUUUUUUAACUAUUUCAAAUCAAAUCCCAUACCUAAAUAUUCAAUUGUGUUUGUAUUAAAUAGAUUUUCAGUCACUUUUGCCAUAUACAAUUUCACUUUUGUAACUUUCACUUCUGUUGGUAAGUUGUAUAUUUAAAAUCCGUCUUCCGAUAAGUACUGAAAAACACAAAAAAGUUGUAAUUAUAUGUUAUGCCAUUUGAAUACCAAAAGCUUUUGUUAGAAUCUUCAAACAAUGAUAGAGUAACGUAAACAAAUCAUCAGAAAACAUUAUUAUAUUCGUUCAUUUAUUGCUGACUUAGAACUACCAUGAACUUAUCAGAAACGAAAUCCUAUGUACAAAAAUAACGAUCAGAUUUAUGUGUUCCGUACUUAUGAACUUCGUUCGCCGAAUUGCUUUUAUAACACUAGCUACAUCAAACACGAUCAAGAAACGCGUAUAAUGAUAAUGUCUGAUUGUAAUCAGUUGUAUCUGUAGUUUUCUUAGUUAGGCAUCCCGUUAACGUCAUCGUUGAUAACUUAUCAAAAAUUCAAGACUGUUCUACCUUUAUUUUUAGUAUAGUAUUGAAUGAUGACAAUAUCAAGCUCCAUAUUCUAUAAUUUAGAAGUAUAUCCAUUUGUUACGUAAUUGUCGAAUGAUUUGCAUAUUAAUAAGAAAGUUCAUUCAACCAAAAUAAAACCACA